AUUAGUUUGACCGCACCGCUUAAAAAUCGAAAAUUUUCAGUCAACCACUGCCUCCCAUUAUCUUCCCAGCCCUCAGCCUGCUUUACUACCAUUUCCUCCCCUGCGCAAUUUGCUGCCGCUUAUCCCCAUCCGCUCCCCUUUCAUCACAUGGCUUUGUUCUUCUCCGGAACAUUUCACGCCCCCUUGCCUUUCUCUUCUUCUUCUUCGAUCCCAGUCGCGAUUACUGCUCGGUUUAUGAAUUCCUCCGAUUCGAACUGUACUUGUUAUUUUCAUCCGGUUGAUUUUCGUGCUCAUCUCGCCAGUUCUUGAUUCCGGCACCCUAGGGCAAGAUUUUGCGAUGGGGAGGCGAAAGCAGAAGACUGUUGAGGUAGAUCAGCUUGAUUAUAGCGAUGAUGAUAGCGUGGAUUCUGGUUCGACGGCUAUUUCAGACCAUGUUUUAGCUCAUGAGACAGAGAGCGUUGACUCGCAGGAGUUUACGCUUGAGAAACACCUUGAAGCUCUAUAUGAGAAGAGAGGUUCAACUAGAGAGAUAGCUUUGGCUGGGCUUGUUACUGCUUUUGAAGGCCAUGUGCUUCUUGACUUCAUACAGGACAGAUGCAUUACUUUAUUGCAUCAAUACCUCGGUUCGCUGAAACGAGGUUCUGUAAAGGAGGCCUGCCUUUCUGCUCGUGCUAUUGGCUUGCUGGCUAUCACUGGUGGUACUGGCAGCAACACACAUGAAAUUAUGGGGGAGUCAACACCUCCACUCUCUCGAGUUCUUAUUUCUGGACCCGAUGCAGUUAGGAUUUUUGUACUUGAUUCUCUAGCAGUUGUCACUUUUGUUGGUUCUAAUAACUGGGAGGAAACUGAGGCAAUCAUGAAAGUUAUUUGGGAGAUUAUUCAUCCAAAAUCGCGUUCUAAGGCUGUAGUUGUUGCUAAACCGAGCUCCGCUACAUUAGUGGCAGCUCUAUGUGCAUGGUCGUUUCUUCUGACGACAUUGACCGGCUGGAGGGUUGACCUCGAUAUGUGGACCGAGAUGAUUUCUUUCCUUUGUAAUCUUCUCGAAAAAGGUGACCGUGCUGUUCGAAUAGCUGCUGGUGAAGCUAUAGCUGUCAUUUUUGAAAUAGUGAUAGCCGGCAAAUUAUCGACUGAGACUAAUGAUCUCGAGAAUCUCGAGGACGUGCCCUCGAAACCGAAGUGGUUUGUGUAUUUAUUAUCCUUGAAAGAAAAAAUAAUAUCUCUAGUUUCGGUUCUGGCAAUGGAGGCGGGUGGCAAGGGCACUGAUAAAAAAUGUUUGAAUGCUCAACGCGACAUAUUUCAGAAGAUUUAUGAUUAUCUUAUGGAUGGCAAACUUCCUGAGACAUCUUUAAUAGUUUCUAAGAAGCAAGGUGUGUUGACAACUUCUACUUGGACUAAAUUGAUUCAGUUGAACUUCUUAAAACGCUUUCUUGGGAGCGGUUUCCUCAAGCAUGCACAGGAUAAUGAACUGCUGCAUAAUGUAUUCCACCUCAUACCACAUGCUGAAAGCAAUCUAUCAUCCUCAGAAAGGAGGAUUGCUAGAUCAUCCGGCGAUAGAAUGAGAACUCAAGAGUUGAAGAAGGAUCGCCACUUGGCUCAGCUGAGGAAAGGAGCUCUUCUGUUCAACUCUCCCACUUAGCAAGUUUGUUGUUUCCUCCAUGAAUGGAUUCUCUACCUCUGUUUCUGAAUCUCUUCAGAUUUUUAUUGUAAUUCUGUAGCAAAAGCAAUGCCAAACAGGGUCUUGAAGCAUGAUUUGAAGAACUGAUUUUAAUUAUA